CUCCAACAAUGUCCGACGCCGAAUUCGAGCCGCAUCGCUCCAAACGGCAGCGCCCUCCAUGGGGCCUGGCAUGGCGUUCCCACGACCGCUUCAUCAUCUCCACUGUCGGCAUGGGCAUGUUCACCGACAUGGUCCUGUAUGGCCUCAUAGUCCCCGUCCUCCCCUUUCUCCUCGAGGAUAGGCUCCACAUGCCCCAGGGCAGCGUCCAGAGCAGCGUCUCCAACCUGCUGGCCGCCUAUGCGGGCGCCUCGGUCGUGUCGUCACCCAUCGCCGGCUUCCUCGCCGACAAGAUGGGCAGCCGCCAACUACCCUUCCUGCUCGGUCUGAUAGCUCUCUUGCUGGCUACCAUACUGCUGGCAAUUGGCGAUAGCUUCUCGGGCCUGGUCGUUGCGCGUCUCCUGCAGGGACUUUCGGCCGCUGUCGUCUGGGUCGUUGGCCUGGCCCUGCUGGUUGAGACUGUUGGUCCCGAGAACCUAGGAGCUGUAAUUGGCACGAUCUUCAGCUUCAUGACCGUAGGCGGUCUCGCAGCGCCUGUGGUAGGUGGCGUCCUAUACAAGCGCACCGGCUACACCGGUGUGUUCGGCGUCGGACUCGGUUUGGUAGCUCUGGACUUUGUCAUGCGGCUGCUGGUGAUUGAGAAGAAGGUGGCCGCGCAGUACGACGAAGAGCCCCGUACUUCCAACGCCACCCCAGCAGGCCUGGGCAUCCACACCGACGGCGCCGCCGACGAAGCCACGCCGCUGCUCGCACACCCCUCGUCCAUCGACACGCACUACGUCCUGAUCGGCAAGCGCAAUCGUCUGACACGGCACUUCCCGAUUCUUUCGUGCAUGCGGUCGCCGCGCCUGCUGGUCGCCUUCUUCAUCGGCUUCAUCCAAGCCGUGCUCCUCGGCGCCUUCGACAGCACCAUCGCCACGCUCGCCGAGCAGCUCUUCGCCUUCAACAGCCUGCGCGCCGGGCUCCUCUUCCUCCCCCUCGGCAUCACGGACGUGGUGAUUGGGCCCGUGGCGGGCUGGGCCGUCGACCGCCUCGGCCCCCGCACCGUCGCGGCGGCAGGAUAUACGUGGCUCGUGCCGGCGCUCGUGUGCCUGCGCUUCGCGCACGGGGGCGGCGUGCCAGCCAUAGCGCUGCUGUGCGCGCUGCUGGGGCUCUGCGGAGCGGGCGUCGCGACGGUCAACGCGCCCGGUCUCGUCGAGGCCGGCCUCGUCGUCGACAAGUUCCAUGCCGCGAACCCGACGCUCUUCGGGAAGGCGGGGCCGUACGCCCAGCUCUAUGGCUGCACGUCCUCGAUUUGGUGUCUGGGGCUCGCGGUGGGGCCGCUGAUGGCCGGCGCGCUGAAGGAGCAGAUUGGCUAUGGCAAUAUGAAUGCCGUGUUGGCGGGGCUGUGCGGCAUUGCUGCGGUGCUGGCAUGGGCAUACAUGGGCGAGAGGGGAGAGGAGCAAGGGGGGUACGGUGGGGAAUGUGCGAGGUGAGGGGCGAGUGAGUAAGCUGAGUUUGCAAGUGCUUUUUUUUAUUUUAUUUUUUUUUUUUUUAUUUUUAAAAAAAAAAGAGGGGGUUUCUGGGUCUGGGGAAGAAAAGGAUCGAGUGCGAUUGAUGGGAGGCGGCGGCGUAAGGAGCUGGUAGCGUCCAUUGCUGUGCCUAGGUAGGUGUUUUGCGGUAUAGAUAGGUAGAUGUGUGUAGCUCCUAAUCGGGUUAAUGCGAGCAGCUGCUGUGCAACAAAGAGUUGCUGUGUAACAGAGAGUAGAAGCGGAGAAAGAGGUCGAGAUACAAUCACGAGCUGUCAGCAUGACGGUUGGAGAUACGCGGCGAGCUGUAGGUAGGUAGGUUUGAUUUGCAGGUAAGCUCCUCCGCACGGAAGCAGGACAAACUACUCCUACAUAUAAAAACCGGUUCCGAC